AUGAUGGACAGCAGAAUACUGGAUCCACCUCACGCCCAGUUCGGUGGCUCGAUCGGCGGCAUGGUGAGCUUUCCGUACCACCUCAGCCACCACCAUGUGUACGAGCUGGCCGGGCAUCAGCUGCAGUCCGCCGCCGCCGUUCCUUUCUCCAUAGACGGAUUACUGAACGGCUCAUGCGCCGCCUCGUUGGUGAACUCGAACCCGCUGCUGUCGUCUGGCUGCGCUUUGAAUGGAGAUAACCAGCAGUACAAACUGACAGAUUCGGGAGAUCCAGAAAAGGAUAGUCCAGGCUGUAAAAGAAGAAGAACUCGCACCAAUUUCACUGGCUGGCAGCUGGAAGAAUUAGAAAAGGCUUUUAAUGAAAGCCAUUAUCCAGAUGUGUUCAUGAGAGAGGCCCUGGCUCUCAGACUGGACCUGAUAGAAUCAAGAGUACAGGUCUGGUUCCAGAACCGCAGGGCCAAGUGGAGGAAAAAAGAAAACACAAAAAAGGGUCCAGGCCGACCAGCGCACAACUCCCACCCGACCACAUGCAGCGGUGAGCCAAUGGACGCUGAUGAGAUUGCGCGGCGGGAGCAAGAGCGCCUCGAAAAGAAGAAGCGCAAGCAGGAAAAGCGGCUGCUGCGCCAGCAGAACAGUAAACUGCUACCGGGAGACUUGUUUCACACACCGGGAUCGGACAGUGAUAGCGGGGUAUCGCAUGUGACAGACAGCGAGCAUCAGCUUCUGCACUGUGACUCAGGUCGCCGCUAUCAAACGCACGCCAACUGCGAGCAAUCUCCGAACCAAAGAAGCGCAACCGCAGAUGUGAGCGCAGCCGAGCUGGACACGUUGGACGGCGCUCGCCAGCUGAACCCCACCAGAUCGCCCAGUCUCCAAAAAGCCAACCCUUUCAGCGUAGAAAGCCUGCUUUCGGACUCAAGGCCAAGGCGCAAGCCUACCGUCGAUUUCCCAGUAGCGUCUGCGCGGCCUUUAAUAGGCAAGGGCCACUUUUUGCUUUACCCUAUUACACAGCCACUGGGUUUCAUCGUGCCACAGACUGCUCUAAAGGGCACAGCCUCGGGCAGUGAUGGGGAUAACGGCCCAGGUGUUUCUAUAGGUGACAGUGAUGCUUCUGGAAGUGUAAACCCAAGUGCGUCGGCAAUUAAGGGCCAACAUAGUCCAUCGGCCAGAUUAGGGUGUUCACUAAACUCCAACCCGGGUCAAUCAUUUACAGUACACUUACCGUGUGAAAUCAGUCCGCAAGACAGAGAGUCAGAACCUCCCAGCCCAAAGUCUCCUCCGUGCGACAAAAAGGAGCCGUUAGUCAUGUUUGAUUAUCCACAGAGCUCCGAAUCAGCUUUAACCCACUCGGACACAGAAAAAGACUCGGCUGAUGUUGAAAUGGGAUGAAUAGAUAGGGUUCUGUUAUUCCCAGACACUCUUAUAGCUUAACCGAAGAGGAAAAAAACACAAUGACAUAUCAAUACAUAUAUAGUUUCCUUUUUACACUGACAUGUUUAUGUUCUGAUUAGGGGAAAUAUGUGUGAACACUUUGUGUUUGUGUGUGGUGGGCUAAAUAAAUGUUUAUUGGAAAAAUAGCAGAACAGCAGCAGCUCCCUGUAAGAAACUGUAAAAAGACAAAACAAAACCUCAAACGUUGUAAA